AUUUGAUGUGCGUGGUAACCCAAAUGGAAAACAGAAAACACUACAGGCCGGCACCUGCAGAUGCUGCAGCUCUUAACAACUCUAACAAGAGGUUGUCUCUCCAGCAAGGCAAGUUGUCAUCUGCAUUAUUAUUACCUCAACCUUUAGUACAAUUUGCUAGAAGUGAAACAAAACUGAGUCAAACUCAAGAAAGUUUGAGAAACUACGAACUGCCUCAACAUGUGGUGGAUGCGAUUGCAAGGGAAGAAGAGGACAAGAGUCGGUCACUGAUGGUCUUGGAGAGGGAAGAUGUGUUGAAACACCCAACUGUUGGUACUGAUGACUCAACAGCUUCACCUAGACGUGCUCAACCACAACAGCAUCAGCUGUCAGCUUAUUCAGCAGUUGUAGCACCUUUUGAUCAUCAGUUAGCACUUUCUGACAUUGAAGACAUUGAACAACAGAACAAGACAGACGUUACUAUUAUAAAGGCAACAGAUACGGAACCAAGAAUCGCACGACACAGUAUAGGUGCAUGGACGGCUCAGCAGCAAGCCAGUUUAGUGGAGAACACAAAGUUUAAUAAGUCAGAGCAAUUUCCUUUACAGGCACAUUCUGUGAAAGUCAUUCGUCACAUGCCAAGAAGUGAGACAACUAGGUCGGUAGCUGCGCAUCAAGGAGCAGUGAAGGAUGACGUGUUGGUAACUCUCUCAGACAUAGAAGAACCAAUAAAUCAGCAAAUGUCACAGACAGUUCAUCAGACUGCAAGAAGUGUAAAUGAUAUGAAAGAUGAUUUGGGAGUGGAAGAUGUAGAAUUAGAACUGGCAGAUAGUGAUGAUUUGUAUUAUAAAAUGGAGCAGAGUGUAAGAAAGGAAGUUGGCUGGAAACAGGGUGAUAAUACAACUACUAAAAGUAGCUCAAGAGGAGACACUAAAGCAGCAACAAAAAAGAAACGACCAAAAGGGCGGGUUGUUCCGUCAAGAUAUAUGUCAUCGGCACAGACUUACCCUGAAAAGAGGUCUCUAGCUCAACAUAAGACUGCUAUAGCUGCCAAAGUAAAAUCUCUUAGAAGUCCUAAAUCUCACACACAGCAUCAGAGCCAAAUGGAAUUUCACAGUCGCAGCCAUAUCGGCCAUGAGAGUAGAAUUCAGACACCAGCAAAUUUUUCUAAUGCAGUCAACAAGUCAAAUUGGAUGUCAACUCCAUUUCUAUCUCACCAUCAAGCUGGUUUGAGAGGCAGGUCUUCUAUUCCAGUACCAGAUGUUUCCUACAUUGCAAAAUCAGAUGACCAUAUGGAUGUUUCUGUGGGCGAUCGAAGUGAUUUAUUUGCUAUGGGACAAACGUUUGCACGUCAGGUCAAUACGAGUCAUACAAGUCAUGCAGGUGCAGCAAUGAGAUCAAAGGGUGAGAGGCAAGAGAGAGGGAAAGAGAAGUCGAGCUCAGUGUCUCAAUUUAGUCAAAAGGACCUGGACUUGCUGAGAUGCAGAAUGCAUCAGUGGUCAUAUUUGGCUACAAUGGCUGACAAGGCUUUAUAUGAACAAGAACAAGACGCUAUGAAGCAACUAUAUGCUGUUUGGUCUGAGACCGAGGCUUUACGCAAUCGGCUUCACACUUUGAGUCUUAACCUUCAAGAAGCCAAACAGAAUGAGGCACUGGACUGUGCAUUAGAUGAGCAAUUGAAAGGCCUUGCACCGAUUAUGCAAAUAAUAAAUAGACUAGAGCCACAGUUUUCACGUCUAGCUCAUGGACUGGAUACAACAAGACAUCAGUAUCCUACAAAAGGGAUACAGCUGCCGAAGAAACCAGAAAAGCUGUUGGCUUCUAUGAAUCGGUCUGAGGUGGUCUUAGGUGACAUGAUGUUGAGUAUAAGACAGCAGCAACAGCAGGCUGCCUCGCUCAGCCAAACGAUACGGGCUCUUGAGAAUGCUCUACAAGUAGAAUCACAAGAGAUGCAAAGAUGUCAAGAAUACCUGUCUGCGUGUGAAAGCCUUCAGACGCAAGAAACAAGCAUGAAAAUACACAAAAUACAGACUAACGCAGAGGAAACUGGUGUAUAGUGAAAGUAAUAUGUGACGCCGUUAGUGUACCGAAAAAUGUAGGUAAGUGCUGCAUAAAUGAUUUCUGCAGAACAUUGAAAUGUUAUUCACCACAGGCAGUAGCAAUAUUCUCUCCAAUAACACCGCCAGACAGCUAGCAUCAUGUACAAUUCUUUACCUUGUUGAAUAAAAACGUGCG